AAAAAGGUCUAAAAGACAAUGGGUUUCAUAAAGCAGCUCUUACAUCUCUUGAGCUCUGGCAAAAUCUUGGGCAUACUCGGUCAAAAGACACUUCAAAAAUUUGGUGGGAGUCUUUUAAAAACCCAUCUCGACAUUUAGCUGAGUUAGCCUAUAGAAUUUUUCAAUUAAUCCUACACAAGCGGGCUACGAAAGGAACUUCUCAUUUUAGUAAUAUUAUGAGUUAUGAGGAGGAUCAAAUAAGGGAUGAUGAAACUUCGUCAGAUACAUCUAAUAGUUCUACUACCUUAUUAAUUAAUGAAAUCGUUGACUUGGAAAUUGAAGAACAUCUGGAAUCCUCUGUAGCAGAAAUGGCCCAAGCUGUUUUAUCUGAAGAUUUGGAUUAUAAUUUUUCCGAUGUAUUAAAUAGUUUUUUAGAAUGUGAAAAGCAAAAUAGGUAA